GGGCGGGGCAGGGCUGCGGCCAUUGCGGCCCGGCCGGCUGAGGGGACGCGUCGCUGCCGCCGCCGCUAUGGUGUCCUGGAUGAUUUCCCGAGCGGUCGUGCUGGUGUUUGGGAUGCUGUAUCCUGCAUAUUACUCAUACAAAGCUGUGAAGACAAAAAAUGUGAAGGAAUAUGUUCGCUGGAUGAUGUACUGGAUUGUGUUUGCCCUUUAUACAGUCACUGAAACAAUAACUGACCUAACAGUCUCUUGGUUUCCACUGUACUAUGAACUGAAGAUAGCUUUUGUUAUCUGGCUCCUUUCCCCAUACACUAGAGGGGCAAGUUUAAUCUACAGAAAAUUCCUCCACCCACUGCUUUCUUCUAAAGAAAGGGAGAUUGAUGAGUACCUCGUCCAAGCCAAAGAAAGAGGUUAUGAGACCAUGGUGAAUUUUGGAAGGCAAGGGUUGAAUUUGGCAGCAACUGCUGCAGUGACAGCAGCUGUGAAGAGCCAGGGUGCAAUCACUGAGAAGCUGAGAAGUUUCAGUAUGCAUGAUUUGACUGCUAUACAAGGAGAUGAGCCUGUUGGACAGAGACCUUAUCAGACACUGCCAGAAGCUAAAAAGAAAACCAGAGCCUCUACAAGUGAAUCUUCAGGUUACAAAACUCCACUGGAAAAUAAUCCUGGAGAUGAUAAAACAGAUGAAGAGAUGGAGGGGACCUAUUCAGAGGAUGAAACGUUUGCUCAGAGAGGCCUUCGGAGAACUCAGAGCAUGAAAUCCGUGAAAAGUGUGAAAGGCCGUAAAGAGAUACGAUAUGGAUCACUGAAAUCCAGAGUAAAGAAGAGACCUGCUGUGUACUUCUGAGUGUGCUGCACAAUGCCUGCCAGAGAAACUGCUGUACUAAAAUAACUUGAAUUCAAGUGUUAAAGAUCUGUGUAUAAUUCCUAGGAUGAGUCUGUAUGAACAGAUACGGUAGGACUUGGUUUUGUGAGCCCAAGUGAUCGGAUAAAGUAUUACUCUAUUUUUCUACAAUUACAUAUUGUUUAGAUUUAAAUCUGGACAACUCACAGCAUGAAUUUCAGCACUCCUUAACUAGGAGUUAAAUGAGUAAAUACCCUUUUACCAGAGGUAUUGGACAGAUUGAAAUAAUUUGAACUCCAAUUGAAUUAGCAGAAGCUUUAAGUGUCUAGAGCUUGUGAAAAUUGAACCGUGGUGUCCCCAAGUUUACAUUGAAAGAUAGAUAUACUUGAAAUAUUUUUCUGAACUACAAUUCUUGAAAAGGCCUUUGUGUAAUUUUUAAAUGUACAGUUUAAAGGGCAAUGGUGGGAAAGAAAAAGGAAAGAUGAGGUAGGUAGGAUACAUCCUUAACAUCUUGCAUCAUAUUGCCAAGCUUAGCAAACUGGGGUACAUAUAGCACUUUAUGCAAAACUGUAUGGUUUUGCACACUCUUAAUGAUUUACAACUGCACAUGUCAUUUUAGUGACUUGCUAGAUAGGUUAGAGUUACAUUUUGAAUGCCAGCAAUUCUUGUAUUUCAUAAUCUUUUUAAAAUUUAUCUUGAUUCCUUAAGUACACUUAGGAUGCUGUAGAUACUUGCUACUAACAAUAUUAUCAGGUGCCUUUCUGUGUAUUAUAGGGCUGUGUGGGUUUUGUCUCUGUGUUUUGGGGGGAGUUUGGGGGGGUUUUUUUUGGGUUUUUUUUGCUUGUGGGGUUGUUUUGUUUGUCCGUUUUCCUCCAUCUAAAGAGAUAUAACAUGAUUUAAGUCGGUUUUUGGAUGAAAUUAUGAUGAGUAAAACUUGUAGCAAUUCCAGUGAUACACCUCAGGGAUCUGAUCAGCCCACGAGCUGUGUGUUCAAGUCAUGCUGCCAUAGAGGCAUCUAUGAUAGGUUAGUCAGGCCCUGGUUUAGUUUUGCUCUAAGAACAAAUAUAUUUAUAUAUAUAUGUACUUUAGAACCUGUAUGAGUGUAUAUUUCUCAUUCUAAAAUGGUCUGUGUAGUACUUUUUUAUUGCUAGAGUUAUUACUAACAUAUUUGCAUAUAAAUAGCUUCUUCUGAGAGUUGAUUUAGGCAGUCAUUUUACAGCCUAGAGUCCCAUGGCAUAUCUGCACAGAGAUUCAUUUUGCCAUGUCUUUCAAUGCAGUGGCUUGUCAAAAUUACUUUUUUAGGUCACCUUUGGUACUAUUUUCUGCAGUUCUGAGAAUCAGGCUGAUUUCAGUUUUCUCUGUGACUGUAUUUCUACUGUGCAUUCAGGGAGCAACCACUCACCUUUUGCAGACAGUGUUUUAUUAUGGGUCAGACCUUGUUACUCCCCUAAAGAGAAAAUGGCUCCCUUGGAUCUCUGGCUUCAGUCCUUGCACCUUCCCCCAGGUAUUGACAGCCACCUGCAAGGCUCCUGCCAAGGUCUGAAAUGCAUUCCUGAGGCUUGCACCUGCUGCAGUUCUUUUUCUCUUGCAGCCACAGCAGUGCACUGUGCUCUGAAGCAGGCACCUGAUGGGCUGCAGUGUCCAGGGCAGUGUCCUGCACGCUGGGCCGGGUCUGUGUGCUCUGGGUACCAGUGCAGCUGGGCUGUGGUGGGGCUGCUCCCCCCUGCCUGUGGGAGGUGUCUGCAGGCCCUGUGCAGAGCUGUGCCCAAAGGACUCAGCACUGCAGCACCUCUGCGGAACCCCAGAGCUGCCUGAGGAGUCCCAGCAGGCCAGGAGUGAUUAAAAGGGGAAAGUUUGUAACACUGAACUCAGUUUGAUAGCAGAACAGGAAGGCUGCUCUCUCCCGAGUGAGUGCAGUGCAAAAAUCCCAUCCCCUGACCACUGUACCUUGUUAUCCAGCUUUUCUAAGGAGCAGGGGGCAAGGAGUGACAGUCACAGAAGCAACUUCCCUGGGAGCAUGGGGCUUGUGCCCCAGGAAUGUUUGUGCUUCUCAUCUGUCUCCCUGAUGCUUGUCUGUGUUAAGGAAUUAAUAUAAGACAUUAGAGAACCCAACUUGUGUUUGCCCCUCACCCCUCUCUGAACAGCAGACUAACCUGGCCUGGAUGGACUCUCUGACUGCUGCUGUCCAGUUGAGCACUCGCUGACACAUUUUGCUGGAACUAAUCAUGCUUAUUUUACCAGCAGGCAUGGCAAAAAAAUGAUCAUCUUUCUAUAAAUCCCAAUCCUGCAUGGAGGAGUAGGGUAAGCAGUUUUUCCAGUCACAGUCCCUGUUACAGGUUCACACAGACCCUGUUUUGGGGGUUGUGUUUUUAACACAUUUCUAGGGCUAGAGAUCACUGAAGUAUUUUAGGCUCUACCACACUCCUGUCAGGAGUGCUCUGUGUGUCUCUGUGUACCUGAGGCUGUAACUUCUGGCAGAUUUAGCUUGCUAACUCAGUAGUGAUAAAGGCUAAAUAAAUCCUCCUCUUUCUGGAACAGGCAUGGAAUUAGAAAAGCUGGCAGUGUUACUCAGAUUCAUUACUGUUUGCAUAUAAAUGUACAUCUGUUCUUUCAGAUGACUGUCGUACAUGAGCAAACCUUCAGUGUUUUCCUAGCUGUUGUCUUCAGUCUGAUAGCCAACUAUAAAAAUAUUUUCUUGCCAGCCUGAUUUUGAUCUUUGGAUUCAUCCUCAAAGCAGCUCACUGGAUUAUCUUCAUUUUUUUCUUCUUACUGUUCGUUGUUAGCUGAUGCUUGUCAGGGCACAGUGGCAUGGUGAGCUCUCUCCCAGUGAUGUGCAGUUCUCUCUCCUUGUGGAAUUUAGUUUGGUUGAAACACUACAGUCUCUUAACUUGGGUUACAGGGAAUUUUCAAACUUUUCUUGCCUUAGCAACUGCAGAAGUCAUCUGUCUAGCUCGUGCCAGCAAACUUCUUGGAAAAAAAAGUUAAAAAUUGAUGUUAAACAAUCUUUUUGGAUUUGGAAUGUAAAAUGUAGUUCAUGUCAAAUUAUCUAAUCAAAGUGUUUCCUGAGAAUUGACUGACUGCCACCAUCAGGACUGCUAAUGUAGUUAAACAAAGACUUGGGGUUUAAAAGUGCAUUCAAGGAGAAGAUGUAUUUCCAUUUAAAUCAUAUCAAGGUCUCUUUCCAAAAAAUAUCUGAACUGACUCAGCUUUCUUAGCAAGAGCCUACUGGAGUUGUUAAAAUAUCCAGUCUGAGAUGAGGAUUAAAUUGGUGGCCUCAGCUGCAAGUGAGUUUAAGCUGGGCUUUGAUUACAAUGUAAUUGCCAAUAUUGCUAAUUCCUCUGUAUGUGAAAGUAACCGAGUGUUAUCCAACAGACAUUUUGCAAAGUAUAAUGAGUUUUAAAAUAGAAAAUAACUUGGUAAAAGAGAUGGUGGAGAAAAUGCUGGACACAUUCAAUGUGCUGGUCAUGACAAAAAUGUGUUUUAUUUUUGGUGUUGCUUUUAUUAAUGGGAAGUUGGUAUUUUUAAGUAUUUUUUCUACAAAAAUGUAUGUGCAAAGGCAAUACUUUAACAUUUUUCAAGAACUUGUAUUUUUAAAUGCUACAAACCAGAGAAUACGCAUUUGGACUGAAGGUAGUAGCUUUAAAAAUUGCAAUGUAAGCUUUAAUUUUUAUAUUGUAAUAACUUGCUGUCAACUUGUUUACAUAUUUGUAGGAUGGGAACUUCAUUAUGCAUUGACUUACCUUGAUGCUGUCUUUAAUAAAUACUGCUUUGAGCAAGA